UUUUGCAGCCCGGGUCCCGGCUUUAAAGCCCAGCUACGCGUUGCCGGCCGCUCCAACGCUGCGAGCACAUCCUUUUCAAACCAUUGGACGCAGCGCUUGAGCCUCGGCCCACCGCGCUGGCGCCUGGACAGCCGACCCUGCACCACUGCAGGAGCAGCCUAACGCGAGCAGCGACGCAGCCGCGUCGCCGCGGAUAGCCGCGGACCGACGCGUUCCAGCCGCGCUGCCGGCGCGCCAUUCAUUUCACCGGGAGCACCGCGACCCGGACCGCGCCGCCCGCGCGACCCGCGCACUCCACAAGAGACAUGUCUGAGGAGGGCAUGACGGACAUCGACCUCGGCCCCGCCGCCGAGGACCCCUUGUCGUUGUUGGGCGCCGUGCGCCGCGCCCCGCCGCCGCCGCUGCCCGCGACGCGCGCGCCGCCGCCGCCGCCGCCCACUGAUUCUCCAGAAACCAUGUUAAGGAAGGCCCUCGGCGGCAGCCUCAACCCGCCUCCACAAAAGCCGGCCGUCGUGAGGAAGCCGCCCGCGAAGCCCGCGAAGCCCGUGGUUUCGCCGCGGCAGCCGCAACGGGACUGGGCUUCGCUGCUGGGCUUCGAGGGGGCGGCUGUUCAACCGCUGUCCCCGUCGACCGCGUCGGACGAGCUGAAACGGCGCGCUGCCGCAGCACCGGCGCACACCGCGUUAAACGCUUGCGCGCAGGGCGGCUCGCUCGACGCCGUUUCGACUGUUGUUCGCAAUUACGACGCCGACGGCUUCCGCGAUGCGGUCGGUGCUGCGUCUCUAGCCGUGGCGCUGGCCCACGGCGACGCCGGCCAGGCACUUUUACUGCUACGAGCCGCGACGCGGCGACUGGGCCUCGUCGAGCAGCGGCCGAUCCUCGACGCCUGUGCCAGUAUCUUGGAGAAGACGGACCCCGAGCUUCACAGCAAGUGGGACCAGCUCCGGAAUACCGCGAAAGUUUUCUUAGAUGGCGCCUUUUCCGCGUUGCAUGUCAAGGACGCGUCGCAAUUGUGGGCAUCAUUAACCACGGAACCGGAGCUCGCAUCUUCGGCUCUGGCGGCCUGCUGCAUUCGGGGCCGCGUCGCGCUGUUGGAUGACGGUCCCAUCGUCAUCUCCCAGACGACUGGUCUCGUGAAUGAAGCUAGAUGGUUAUUAACACCGAGACAACAACCGGGAAUCGCGGUCGCGGAAUUUGGGGAAGGCCCUUUAGGUAUCCUGCUGACGAAGCGCCCGCGAGGAUUAGUUGUGAGUUCCUUCUCCAAGCCAAGAAACGAGGCCGUGCCGCGCGUCGGCGAUGCGCUGUGUGCAGUGAACGGCCGGCAGAUACAAAAAGACUCCACCCUAAACGACGCCGUCGCCAUCCUCAAGGGUGUUGGUCGGCCGGUGUUGGUGGGGUUUCGGCCGGCCACGGCCGAAGAGCUACGAAGUGAACGGCCGCCGGAGCCAGCACACUGGCCGGUCGAGCGGAAACCGAGCCCACCUCCUACGUCAAGGGCGCAGACGGACCUGCAGGCUCUGGCUUCCUACGCGCGGAGCGCCGUCGAGACCGUGACCGAGGCGCCGCCCGUGGACCACGGGGAACUCCCUCCCGGUCUGGAUGCCAGGCCGCCGCCACCACUAAGCACCGCUCCGGUCGCCGCCGACGGCUGGGCCGUGGCUACCUUACCGGGCGAAGUUUUGUUCGCUAGAACGAACGCGCGCUUGCAGGACUAUGUGCGCGCUCGCUCAGGAUCGAACCAGUUGUGCGGCUGUGUGAUUGAUGGGGAAUUACAUGUCACGUCGUACCGCGUCGUCUUCCACCCGAUUGGGUGCGGCGCCGUGCCGUCCUUCGCUUCUCAAUCGACGGAUUGGGAGAUGCCCGUGCGGGCCCUGACCGCGUGUUCUUUGAAAGUGGACAGCGGCCACAAGUUGAGUUUCAAAUGUAAAGACGGCCAGCGCCGCGUCUUCACGUGCGCACCUAGGGACGGUGCUGCCGCCUUAGCUUGUGCUAGAGCUGUGCACGCUUUAGCGUUCUCGAGCGCGUCCGACGCCUUCGCUCGCGUUUGCUGCGGAGUCCUUUCGGUGCCUUCCUGGUGGAAUCUAGCCGCCUGCGCGCCGUCGACGCGGCGCCAUUCACGCGCCGAGCGAAGCAUAUUGACGCGUCCCCGCGCAGGCCUACAAAGCCGCCUCCACCGAGGACCCCGCGUUCGCCCGGCACCUCCCGAGGACCGCAUCAUACUCUUUACGGGACGAGUACGCUCAUUCUGUCUUGCGAGGACCGGCCGCGGACCAGCUCAAAAUCAUCAGAAACGAGCACGCGCUGGACAUCUGCGAGACCUACCCUUUGGAGCUUGUGGUACCCUCCGCGACCACAGAUCUAGAACUCAGAAGGGUCGCGGCCUACCGUUCGAAAGGAAGGCUACCCGUCAUUAUCUGGUCGCAUCCGACGAAUGGCGCUACCAUAUCUCGAUCGUCGCAACCGAAACCCGGCGUGCAGAAUAAGAGAAGCUCAGACGACGAGCGGUACCUCGAUUCGAUACGAAGACUAGCCCAAGGGCAGAGGAUGGUCAUCGUCGACGCGCGCAGCAAGGUCGCGACGCAGGGCAAUCGCGUCAUGGGCCUUGGUACCGAGUUGGUACGGUACUACGAGGGCAUCGAGCUGUUCUACGGCAACAUCGCUAAUAUACAUACGGCGCGCGAUUCGUUAUCUGAGGUGCAAAAGCUUUGUUUUGCCCGCGACUUGACGGGGAACGAUGCCGAUUCGGGUGGCGCGACGUUCUGGGGCCGGUUGGACGGCACGAAAUGGCUGUCGCAGGUGCAUUCUAUAUUGUGUGCGGCCUUGAAGACUGUUGAAUUAGUUCAUUACGAGCGAACGGCUGUGCUGGUACACUGUUCGGAUGGGUGGGACCGUACCCCGCAAAUUACUUGUUUAGCAUUGAUGCUCCUCGAGAAACGGUUCCGGACCAUCGACGGGUUCCUAACCUUACUGCAGAAGGAGUGGGUCGACUUCGGCCACAAGUUCGAUGAACGGUGCGGCCACACGGACGAAAGCGCGUCGGACCAGCGGAGCCCGGUGUUUUUACUGUUUAUCGACUGCUGUUUUCAAUUAAUACAGCAGUUCCCUUCAGCCUUUGAAUUCAAUCAAGACCUAUUACUGCUUCUACUAGACCAGCUGAACGCGUGUCGCUUCGGCACGUUCCUGGAGAACAACCAGAGACGUAGGUCGCGGAAGAGCCUGGACGACGCGACGCGGCACGUGUGGGCCCACGUCGCGGCGCACUUCGAUGCAGUGCGGAACGGGGCCUACGUCGACGACGAAGAUGCUGCACCAUUGCUACCGUCGCUGCACGCGCGGAACGUGCGGCUCUUCGAGGCCUAUUUCCGGCGCUUCGACGCGGCGCGCGUGCCGUUGAGCCGCGCUAGGACGUUCUACUAAGUUAUAUCCUUGUGUCACAUAGUAGAUUAUUUACACACAGUACGCCGUCGAUGCG